AGGGUCCGCAACUGGGCAUUCAUUAUUCCCAGCUGUCCCUUCCCAUGUGACUCCUCCCCUCCCCUCAUUACAUUUCAUCCUUUCAUAACUUCUCACUUAUCACUUCCAACCUCACUCACUCUCUUUCUCUCUCCUCCAAACCCCCCAAAAAACCCCAAAAAUGUCGUCAUCUUCCUCAAAACUCCUCCUAAUUUUUUCUCUCCUCUUCAUAAUCUCCUACAUUACACUCCAUGUAGAAGCUCAGAUCCACGACAUUGGAUUCGACUGGGCUUCUUCUUCCGCAAUGUCGUCGGCAAUGAUGUAUUCAUCAGGAGGAGAAGAGCUCGACCUCGAUCUCGAAGUUGAUCUUGAUGAUGUUGAUGUUGAAAGUAGGAGAUCUCUUUAUUGGAAGAGGAAGGUGUACUAUAUAUCAUAUGGUGCACUCUCAGCGAAUCGCGUCCCUUGUCCACCUCGCUCUGGUAGGUCUUACUACACUCACAACUGCUUCGCUGCUCAUGGCCCUGCUAAUCCUUACUCUCGUGGUUGCUCUUGCAUCACUCGCUGCCGCCGUUAAUUAAUUCGUCAUUAAGAUUAUUAAGUACUUGAUCAUUAUGAUGAUUUUGUGUUUAUUUUAAUUAAUUAUAAAUUAGGGGUUUAAUUUGUUUGUUUAAUGCUUAUGGUUUAUUUGGAAAGGUUGUGUCCUUUUCUUUUUAUCUCUGGUCGUAAAGUCUCUUUCGUGUGAUUAUUGUUGUAAGUGUUGAGCUGGGUGUGGGGUCCUCAUUUUACUGGUUGAGGAUUGGCUGAAAAAGUUGUAUUAAUACUUGUAUUAUUAUUUCACAAGUAUGGUUGAAAAGAAGAGAAAAAAAAAUAGUAGUACUAAGCAUUGUAAUAAUGUUGUGUAAACUUUUGUGUUACAUUUUGAUGGAAUAAUGUCAAUCUUAUCCGGUGAGUAGAUUACUCAUCUAUUGUAUUAUCGGA